UUCCUUGUUCUCUGGUGCACAGCCACUCUGGUCUCUGUCAGUUCUCAAGCUGAGCUGGGGCUCUGUGACCGCCCCCGUGCAGUGCCUGGUGCUAGAAAGAAACUUUUCCUAGGCAGGGCUAAGAAAAAGGAAAAUACAGCGUACACCACGAGGAUCAGGGCACCUCCGUUCGAGGGAUUCCACAGCAGACACUCAUUCUACACCUGGAAGACAUGGAGGACAGGCUGGCAGACACUAAUGCUGGUGUUGACAAGUCAGCAUCCCCAUCUGUGGCUCAACUUGCAGGCCGAUUCAGAGAGAAGGCAGCAGCCAUCUCAGCUAAGGAGCCACCAGCCAAUAAACCAACAAGAAGGAAACCACCUUGCUCCCUUUCCCUGUUCCCCCCCAAGAUAGAGAUGGGCCAGAAUGGUGAGGAGAAACCAUCACCCAAUGCAGGCCACCCUCCCAAAAUCAAGGUGAAAAACUCUCCUUUGAUUGAGAAGCUACAGGCCAAUUUAGCCUUUGAUCCUGCUGCCCUGUUGCCAGGGGCUUCACCUAAAAGUCCUGGAUUAAAGGCCAUUGUAUCUCCAUUUCAUAGCCCACCUUCCACCCCCAGCAGUCCAGGUGUUAGAUCACGGUCCACUGAACCAGAAGAAGUGCCAGUCAGCUUUGACCAACCCCCUGAAGGCAGCCAUCUACCUUGUUACAAUAAGGUGCGGACACGAGGGUCAAUAAAGAGGAGGCCUCCUUCCAGGAGAUUCAGACGGUCUCAGUCAGACUGUGGGGUGGAUCUGGGAGAUUUGGGGGCAGCUGAAUCAUCUCAGGAGAAUGGUGCCAAGGAAGAGGACAGUGAUGAGGUGUUCACUCCCAAGAACAAAGCCUUGGGGUCUCCCCUCUCUAGUAACAGGGCAAUGGGCAAGGAGCUGAGGAGAAAGCUGGAGUCAGAUGAAAAACCUCUGAUAAGGAGAUCACGCAGUAUGACAGAGAACCCAGGGGAAAGGAGCAAGGCCUUGGAAGAAGCCACAUCAUGCAGGAAUGCUGUGAAAAAUAAAGAGGGGAAAGAGCAGAAUACAGUGGAAGAUGAUGAAGGAGAAUCACACCAGACAGCCACAGAUAAUAAAGAGGAAAUUAGUGAGAGCCCAAAGGCAGAUGAAAAGGAAGCAUCUCCAGGGGGUUCUGGAGGGGUUAGAAAGGAAAAGACAACUGAAGACCCUACUUCAGAGAAGGAGGAAACAUCUGAGAAAAGCACAGGAGAUAAAGAGGAGAAACCUGGACAGAAGAACACGGGGGCUAAAGAUGAGGAACCGAAACAGGGUACUGCCACAGGCACAAAUGAGGAGAGAACCCAAAAUACCCCCCAAGAGAAGGAAGGAGACAAUGCCACUGAGCCAGAAAAAGACAAAGAAGAGAAUGAGCAAAAGGCAGGUAUUCCUGAGAACACAGACAGCCAAGAAAUAACACACAAGCAAGAAAGCAACGCUGGAACGGGGUAUUCUCAGCUGGCAACAGAUUCUGAGACCACCAAUGAAGCCCCAAGUGUGCAAUCCACCUGCAGUGCGGAGGACGGUACCAUAGUACAGGAUACUAAAAUGUAAAAAAAGAGCUCUAUUGUCCACCCUUGAUGAAGUUGCUGGAGUCAGCUCUCUGGAAGUAGCAGCAACAGCACCUGCAGGGAAUGGAGAAGCUCCAUUAGGAACUCAUGAGAUAUCAGGAAUGCCAAAGAUACGGAAGCGGCCUGAAGUCAGAAGGGAUCACUGUUGCCUCUUAGCUUCUAGGCUGUAAUGUUCUUUAGGGGAGUGGGAAGAGAGGAUCCCAGUGUAAAAGGCUUUCCACCAACAGAAAUUUGAUUCAGGAUGUUCAUUGACAAACUUCAUAACAGAAGCCUAUUUAAAACCUCUCAUCACCAAACCUGGAGUCAACCCAGGGUUUAGCUUUCAGGGGACUGCCUACCCAAGCAACUGAGCUCUGGACACUUUUUUCUUAAGUAAUUUCUUGAUGUAGUCCAUCGAACGUGCCUAUGUCUGAGUCCUAACCUUUGUAAUUCUCUGAAAUUCUUACAGUUUUUAUAUAUAAGUAAAAACAAAUUUGGGGAUGGGCAGGGCUGGAAUACAGGAAAAAAGGAGGUUUAGUGUGAAUAAUAAUAUGAAUCCUUCUAAAGCAUAGAAGAAGACAUAGUCUUUCUUUAAAAAAAAAUCAGGACUUUUGAGACAAACUUUCAGCUUUGAAGGCAAGUUUUGAGAUGGCCAAAUCAGUUUUUCAAGGACUAAACUAGAUGAGCUAAGUGUUGAAACACUUGUUUCAACUUGUACCAUGUUUAGUCCAUGAGCCUGAGCUUGCUUUCCCUUUUGGAAAUGGUCUUCCUAGCUUAUGACUGCCAUGGCAACCUAGGUACAUCCCCUUUCUGCCAUGUUCUGAGGAGGAAGACUCUCUA